UGAACCGAAUUGUUAACCAGCUGUGAUCUUCUUCGAUGAUUGAUUGAUAUCAUCCUUGCUUGAUGCCCUGAGUUCAGUUGAUCGCUCACCAUCUCAUGUUCAUCAUAAAUGUUAUUUGUACGGCAAAAUCAUAUUGAAUUGGUACAUGGCGUGACACAGUGCACACGUGGACGCGUCACAUACGAGGCCACAAAGUAGGGUUGUGCAUGCAAGCUGCAGUGCGGCCAAUCUACCUCUGGCGGCUUCUUCUCUCUUCAUCAUCGUCUAUUAAUGCCUCCUCCAGCUCCAGCUCUCGGCUUACACAACACCUCUCCAAGAUGAAGCUCCUGGGUUGGAUGCACCGAAAAUUACGGAGUAACAAUGAUGUGUUCAAAGAGUUCAGCUCCGGUGGAGGUGGGAGCUGCAAUUGCAUCACCGGGCUGGCCUCGCCGGACCCCGCCACCUUCCUCGCCUCCGCCAACGAAUACUUCGCUGACGACACCUUCGCCACCAACCAUCCGUCGCCGCCGGCCACCGACCUCUUCACGUUCGGCGGCAGCGGCCUCCUCACCAUCGGCACGCUAGGCAUUGCCGCCGUCGCUGUACCUGAAGACGACGACGACGACUACUACUGCAACGUCGACGCCGAGCUGGACAACAGCGAUGGCACCGACAAUGUGGAAGACGUCGACGAUGGCGCGGUCACGCCCACCUUCACCUACCCCACCGCGCCGGAGGACCCCGCGGUUGAGAAGGCGGUCGCUGCCGUCGAAGCCAUCGCGGAGAAGGACGACAACGCCACCACGGAGGACGACCUCAUGGUGGUGAGCUCCGAGCUGGAAAAGGUUCUCGGCAGCCGCAACAGCGGCGCCGCCGGAGACUUGGUGGCGUCGGCGCGGGUGAGUUUCGCCAUGGGCGUCGACUGCCCGCUGCAGGGCUUCCUGUUCGGCUCCCCGGUGAGCGACGUCGAGUCGCGGCCGGAGCAGCCGCGGGACAGCGUGGGAGGUCGGCGCACCUCGCUCGGCGAGCUGUUCAUGCGCACGCGCUUCGCCGACGAGAAGGUGGCGCUUGUCGCCGUCGAGGAGGGCGAGGACGGUGCCACCGGCGGAGAACGGGAGGAGGGUAGAGCAGGGAAAGGCGGCGGCGGCCACAAGAUGCUGAAGAAGUGGAAGGUGAAGGAUGAGAAGGUCGCCGGCUGUGACGGAGCGCCGGCGAGUGCAACGGUGACUAAGAGCAAGUUUCAGAAGAUCCUUCAAAUCUUCCACAGGAAAGUUCACCCUGAGAGCACGGCCCUGGCGAGGAGACUCACCAAGAAGAGCCGCAAGCGCAACAGCAGCGCCGACGAGCCCGAGCCGCCUGCAUCACCCAAGCUCCGGUGCCGCAAGGAGCAGCGCAUGCCGGGAUUCGGCUGCUGUGCCAACCGCGCCACCUUCGGUGGCGCCGCUUCUCCAGACGACGACGACGGCGAGCUCAACAGCAGCAAGAUUGGCCACUGGAUCAGGACCGACGCAGAAUAUUUGGUGCUGGAAUUAUAGGGAGAGAAAGUCAGAAUCUGUUGGCCCGACAUCAUGGUCAAGCAUAGUGAGUAUAUUGAGUAUGUUGUGUACUUAUGUUUGUGUGCUUGUUGCCUCUACAAUCAUUAUAUGUUUGUUCAUGUUACCUGAAUGCUGAAUGAGUUGUGUCACUCUACAAAGUGGGGAAAAGGACUGUGAAUGUAUGAUGAACUUAAUGUAUGGUUUGCUUCUAGA